AUGAAGUUCUCGCACAGUCUCCAGUUCAACGCCGUCCCAGAUUGGGCGGACAAGUACAUCUCCUACUCGAAUCUCAAGAAGAGCAUCUAUUUGAUGGAAAAGGAGCUCCCUUCCGUUCCCAACGCUCCAUAUUCUGAUGUCGAAAACGAGUCUUCCGGGCUGCUGCAGGAUGCCGAUUCGAGCGACACAGAUCGCGCCUUCGUACCUCUGCUCGACAAGGAGCUAGACAAGAUCGUCGAAUUCUAUCUCAAGAAGGACACCGAGCUGCGCGGCGAUCUGCAGCAGCUCAAAGAGGAUCUCGAGAGAACCGAGAAUGAAGACUUCGAGGACGACUCCGACUUCGGUAACAGCGACGACGAUGAGGACGAUGACUUGGUUGAUACGGUUCGCACCGGCAAGGCCAGCACGAAUCGACGCCCUAGCAUCGACAAUGUCUUCACACAACCACAUAUGUACAACGAAGCCUCGCGCCAGGAGCAACGCAUGCGCGAGGGUUCAGGUCCGUCUCGCUCACGCAAAGACAGCCGCACCAACCUCGAAGAUGGCAGCGCUCCUGCUCGCCCUUCUAACAACAGGAAACGAUCCAGCCAGCUCCUAGACCAGUCGGCGGAGUCGGCGGAUAUUGGUCCGGAUGCGUCUGGCUUUGCAAGGAGGGCUCGAAGCGGUUCCAAUGCCAGCCAGUCUGGCGGCAAGGGCCGUUGGGGCAGCAUCUUCGCCAAGAAGCCGGUUCGACGUCGCUCGCUCGGUCUCAUGCUCGCUGGAGACGAUCCAGCCAACAGCGAAGCGCCUCCAGGCUCCAGCGAAGGAGGCGAUAGCAGCUACGGCGCCAACGAUACCAAGACCAUGUCCAUUUGGACCGCCGAGAACGACUAUGCCAUCGACAUGCGCAUCACCUUCAAGAAGCGCAUCACCGACAUCUUCGUCGCCAUGUCCGAACUCAAGCAGUUCGUCCAGCUCAACGAGACCGGUAUGCGCAAGAUCCUCAAGAAGUACGACAAGAUCACCAAAUCGGAUCUCAAGGAUCGCUACAUGAAUGACAGCCUGCGCACACAGCAGCCCUUCACCGCCGAGACCAAGCGCAGCCUCGACGAGUGCAUCGAGACGCUGAUCCAACUCUACGCCAAGGUGGUCACCGGAGGUGACAUCGGUGCCGCUAGUCAGCAGCUCAAGACGCAUUUGCGCGAACAGGUCGUUUGGCAGAGAAACACGGUCUGGCGAGAGAUGAUCGGUAUCGAGAGGAGGGCGCAGGGCGCCGCGCUCGAGAGGACCGUCAUGGGUUCGGGCAAGAGGGACGACUACGAAGCCAAGAAGCCUUUCAGGUUGCGCACCCCGUGUGGCAGCUUCACUGUCCCUUCCUGGUUGAGCAUGAGCACGGUGCAUCUCAUCAUCGCUUUCACCGCCUUGGUCGCGCUGCUCAAGGCUCCCGGUCUUCGCUUCUUCAACCGCGUCGAGGAGCAGAACUGCCUUGCUAUGCUCGUGUUCUGCACCAUCCUCUGGGCCACGGAAGUGAUUCCGCUGUUCGUGACUUCGCUCAUGGUGCCUCUCCUCGUCGUGGUGCUUCGAGUCGCCCGCACCGACGACGUCAAGGACCGUCGCAUGACCGCGCCCGAAACAACGAAGUGGAUCUUUUCGCAGAUGUUCGCACCCAAUAUGUGCCUGCUCCUCGGCGGUUUCACCUUGGCUGCCGCUCUGUCCAAGUACGGCAUCGACAAGAUCUUGGCCACCAAGAUCCUGCGCCUUGCCGGCACUCGUCCGAGCAUCGUACUGCUGGCUCACAUGGGCGUGGCUUGCUUCGCCUCGAUGUGGAUCAGCAACGUCGCUGCGCCCGUGCUCAUGUACUCGCUCAUCCAGCCUAUCCUGCGCACGCUGCCGUCCAAGUCGCCCUACGCCUCGAGCCUGAUCAUGGGCAUUGCGCUCGCCUCCAACAUUGGUGGGCAGACCUCGCCCAUCGCCUCGCCGCAGAACCUCAUCGCACUGCAGUACAUGAAGCAGCCCGUCGGAUGGCUGCAAUGGUUCGCAGUCACAAUUCCGGUCUCGGGUCUCUCGCUGGUCGUCAUCUGGCUCAUCCUGCUCUGGUCCUACGGUGCCGGCAAAGGUACCGUGAUCAAGAAGCUCAACGAAUCCCGUGACUCGUUCACCAAGAUCCAGUGGUUCAUCUCGGCCGUCGCUAUCAGCACCAUCGCGCUCUGGUGUCUCGAGAAGAACUUUGAGUGGAUUGUGGGCGACAUGGGCAUCAUCGCCAUCGUUCCUAUGGUCCUCUUCUUCGGCACGGGCAUUCUGACGAAGGAGGACUUCAACACGUUCCUCUGGACAGUGGUAUUCCUCGCUAUGGGCGGCAUUGCGCUCGGCAAAGCCGUAACCUCAUCGGGACUGCUAGAGUCGCUCGACGAUCUGAUCCAAGAGAUCGUCAAAGAGCUGCCGUUGUGGCAGAUCCUCAUCGCCCUCCUUUCGAUCGGGCUGGUAGUGGCCACCUUCAUCAGCCACACCAUCGCCGCCGUCCUUCUGGUUCCCAUCGCCGCCCAAGUCGGAGAGUCCCUCGCCACCCCUCACCCCCGCCUCCUCAUCAUGGCAACCACCCUCGUCGCCAGCGCAGCAAUGGGCCUCCCCGUCAGCGGAUACCCCAACCAAAUCGCCGUCAGCAUGGAGGACGAUCUCGGAGACAGGUACGUCAGCGUCAAGGACUUUUUGCGCGUCGGCGUGCUGGCUAGUGUCGUGGCCACCAUCAUUGUGGGCACCAUCGGCGUGAGCAUCAUGUACGCUUUGCAGUUCUGA